GGGCAUACAGGGAAUCAGCUGGUAGAGUGGGUGGCCCUGGCCGUAGCUGUGAGAGACUUAAAGCGUCGUUGUCUGCCGUCAUGCAGGCUGGAGAGUUUGGUGAAUCCAUCGAACACUACUAGUGUGUUUAAGAGCAAACAUCCACUACCAUGCGUGUCUCUGUUUGCACAGUCAUCGCAGAGCUGCUCUUGGCAGCCUCUGGCGCCCAUGCCAUGGCUAUGGGUGGCUCACUGUCCAUUCCCGAAAUUGGUCUGGAUGGCGACUACGAGGUCGUCGAAGAGAGUGCCGUCUUGGCUAAGCGUGGUGCUCCGGCGAUCAUUGCCGCGACUUUCGACCAACUGAUCGAUCACACAAACCCCAGUCUCGGCACAUUCAAGCAGCGCUACUGGGUAAACCCUGAAUUCUGGGCUGGUCCAGGAUCGCCCAUUGUUCUCAAUGCCCCUACAGAGGCCGCGUCCGACGGCUAUCUUGGAUAUACUACGAACCGUACUCUGCCUGGCGAGUUUGCGCAGCGCAUUGGCGGCGCUACCGUUCUCCUCGAGCAUCGCUACUGGGGCGACAGUUCUCCCUACGACAACCUGACCACGACCAACCUGCAGCAGUUGAACCUCCCCAACUCUAUUGCCGAUCUGACAUACUUUGCCAAGAAUGUGCGCUUCGCAUUUGAUCUUAACGGCACCAGCACGCCCGACAAGGCUGCCUGGGUCCUCAGCGGUUGCUCUUACCCUGGCGCUCUCACUGCCUUUGUGCAUAAUCUUGCACCAGGCACCUUCUGGGCCUACCAUGCGUCUAGUGCUGUUGUUCAAAGCGUUGACAACCUUGCUGGCUACUGGGACACCAUUGAGGCGGCCAUGCCUCGCAACUGCAGCACCGACGUCAAGAACGCUAUCCGCUACAUUGACAACAUCAUGAUCAAUGGCACCGCCGAGCGUCAGCAGCAUCUCAAGGAGCGCUUCGGAUACGGAGGCGUCAAAUCCAAAGAGGACUUUGUUGCGUCCCUAGUCUCUCCUUACUGGACGUGGCAGAGCCAGCAGUUCUACUCCAACUACUCUGGCCUCAACACCUUCUGCGACUAUGUCGAGAACCGCUGGCCUGGAAGCGAAAGCCCUCAGCCUGGCGAGGAGGGUGUUGGAACUUGCAAGGCCAUUAAGGGUAUGGCCAAGUAUUACCGUGAGAUUGGCGCCUCCAAGUCCUGUGCCACAAAGGAUUGUGUCGACAGCCACAACCCCGACAAGUCGACUUACACCAACACCACUGUCCGCAACACCACGCAGCGUCAGUGGCAGUGGAUGCUUUGCAACGUGCCCUUCAAGUUCCGCUUUGGACACAACCCGAAUGGCAAGGAUCAGAUCAUCUCUACGCUUUUGACCGAAAAGUACUACAACGAUAGAUGCCCUCUGUACUUCCCUCGCGAGGGUGACAACACCUACGGCAUCGCCAAGGGUCUUACUGCCGCCGACGUCAACAGAUACACUGGAGGAUGGGACAAUGUCGACACCACUCGUCUGAUGUGGGCUAAUGGCGAGUUGGACCCCUGGAGACCUGCUACCGUCUCGUCGCUCGAGCGCCCUGGAGGCGUGCUGGAGAGCACGGAGCAGCACCCCGUACGUCUCAUUCCCAAGGCCGCCCACUGCAACGAUCUCAUCCGCAAGAACGCCCUGGCAAACGAAGGUGUCUUCAAGGUCUACUUUGAGGAGGCCGAGAACAUGCAGAAGUGGGUUAAGGAGUUUUACGAGGAGAAGGGCAUUCAGCGCAGCUUUACCUACCCCAGCAACUAA